UUCCCUUUCUGAUGUUGACUCGGCGCUUCCGCAAGGGCGGCGUUGUUCAUUGAUGGCUGUUGUGUUUAUGUAUGGGCACAUGUAGACCGAAAGGACUUGUAGUUUACAAUGGAUUUCUCGGCUCUCAUAGCCGAACUGCGAAAUAUAGCGAGCAGUUAUAAUGGCAGAGACAUCGACUCGAAUGUUUCUACUGCCAUGUACUGCGAAAUGUUUCGCAAGAUCCUACAGAAAGCAGAGAGCGAGGUUGUGGCAUAUGAUGACCAAAUCGUGAUUUUGUGGAUGACACUUUCCCAGCUCUGUCAGACGUAUAAAACUCUCACCAAGUGUAAAGAACGGAAUGACCUCUACCAACAUAUAUUUCUUCUGUGUGCUAAAGUGGUGUUGAACAUAAAAUGGCAACAACUCUCGGAUGAGGAUCAAAGUAAGCAAAAUUUCCGGAAAACCGUAGAAGCCACACAUGGCCAGCUGGUUCAUGCUGGAUUUGAUCGGUUUGGUCUGCUGUUAAACAUUAUGGAAAACCCUUGGACAGAUCCUACCAUAACAAAAAUCAUGUCUGGAGACCCAGAAGAUGAAAGUAACAGUGAUACAGAAGAAGAUGAGAAUGAAAUGAGUGAUGAAAGGAAAAAGGAGGUGGAGGAACGGAAGAAAAAGAGGAUGGAAGAGAGGGAUGAGGAAUUCACAAAGUACAUCACUACAGCAGACCCACUUAUUCUGCGAUUGAGGGUAGAGAUGUUAAUGCAGGAGAACUGUGAAGAAUGGGCGCUUAAUUUGUGUAACUGUUGCCUCAAACAUAGGAGGUACCAAAGGGACCUCGAGUUCAAAACGAUGCAGCUGCUGCUUCUCUUUAAACUCGGAAAUAUGGACAAACUCCAAGAAAUAUGUGAAACCAUUGAAUGCCAUCAUGGGAUAUACAUCAUAGAACAGCUGGAGAAAAAAGAUAGCAACCAGAGCUUAUGUGUGCGACUUAUACAGAUUUUUCUCGUUCAAGAUUGGAUAAGGCCAGACAGAAAUUGCUGUACAAAGAAGCUGCUACAGAUGUGGAUUAAGUACCAGUCAGUGGAGGACCAGGACAGAGAUAAAUUUCUGGACAGUGUCUGGGCCAUUGCUAAAAUCUCAUCAAGCACAGACCAAGUCAAUCAGCUAGUGACUGGACUGGUAAAAAAGUGUGGUCUCAACUUACUUCAACUUUAUACAGAUCUGUGUGUGUAUGCUAUUAACUUUGAUAAAGGUUGCUGUGAGCAGCAGAUGAUUCAGGGGAAUAUGGAGGGAGUUAAAAAGCAACAGUGGGCCAUAUCUGUAACUUGUAUUAAGCUAGCUGACCUGUACUGUAACUGUAGUCCAAAGCUUGCACGGAUAGCUGCUCUCACAGCCUUCUCAUUAAAUCCUACCAUCCAGAACUUUAAUGUGGUGAGAAAAACCUUCACAGAUAAACGCAAGGAGAAGAUGCAGGCACUUAAGCAGGAUUCUGUAGACAACAAAGGAAAGGAGAUCCCACAGAAAGAGUAUAAGCCAAGACAAAGCAAGUAUCUUCAGAAAGUUAACCCAGCUACCAUACAUGAAGUAGAACGCUUGCUCAACAUGCUUCGUCCUUAUUACCUUGACCCCGAAAUGGGAUUUGAAAGACUUCAACCAGUGUGUCAGAAGUUCAUGGAUGAGAGAGGUGGGGGAAUAGUGGAAUCUUCGAAGAAACCUAGUCGACCUCCAGCAAAAACAAAUGCAAAUCCAUCCAGACAGAACUCUGAUAUACAGUACUACUGUGAUGACAGCACUGCAUUGUCCCGACCUGCGACUGCUGUGAUGAAAACAAAUGUUAAAAACCCUCCAACUACUGCUCAGCCCACCUAUCCAUCUGCUGCUUCAUCAUCAAGCACCAAAGCUCCAUUAUUUGGCAACAAACCUCGUUCUUAUCGUGCCAUGUCCCAGCCAGAAUCUUUUCCAAAGCCAAACAAAUCAGUUCGGGCAAAUGCAAACAUUACCCAGAGACUUGUUCCAAUGUUUCAGCCUCCAUCUUUUACUGUUAAAACAACAACUAUAGAUUCAACAAGCAACAUAAGUGAGCUCUUAAAAGCAACAAAAACACUACCACAAUAUAACCCUGACAGUAGUCCCUCUGUAUCACACUCGUAUACCUCAUCUGCUCAGAUUUCACAGAAUACAGAAAAUGCUCAUAGCCAGCUACAAACCCCUGAUGUGUUACGAAGACAAGGUGUUACUCUUCCAAUCAAUACCGGAGGAAACAACAUUCUUAGUAGGAGUGAGGUUAUUGGAAAUGCGGGUGAUAAAUCAAUCUAUCAUCACUUGUACCAACCUGUUAAGAUUCAGGAACCACCCAGUCUGAAAGCAGCAAAGCCUCCAUCAAAUAAGUUACAAGUAACACAAUUGCCUUCAAACAAGUUUCUUAGUCACUCCAGUAACUAUAACUUUGGUGGCCAGAUAGAUAUCCAGAACAAUGCAUUAAAUUCAGUAAGCAGACCAGCAGAUGCUGGAGAUUUUACAGAGACUGAAAGUGUAGGAGAUACUCGUCGACCAUCAGCAGAAGAACUUCAAAGCAUUGUUGAUUGGCUACAGCUAGGAACUGAGGAUGCUGUAACUAAACAGAGUAACACCUUUUUUAAUCCAGCUAUCCCUCAAACUCCUCCUCCAGCCCAUACCUCUCAACCAUCCCUUCAGAUAAAAGGUCAGGGGGGACUUCAGAAAUCUCAAUUACAUUCAACUUUACCUGCAGGUCAGAAAGUUGAUUUGAAUACUCUUCUUUCAAAACCAAAAGCUGUGUCCAAUGUACUGAAGAUUCAGCCAAAAGGCAAGACAGCUGUGCAGGAAGCUGCAUCACAGAUCUCUCAGAGAUUAUCCGACCUUCGAUCACAGACUGAUACCGGGUCAGGUGAUGUGCAGUUACUUUUGAAACUGCAAAGGACAUGUUCUAGUGUGCAAAGAACCAUGCAUCAACCAAGUGCAUCCAGUACAGUUUCUCCAACUCAAGGAAUUCUAGAAAAGGAUGCACAGAAAAAUCUCACUGACAAAGAUCUGUCCUUGGAGGAAAUGAAAAGAAGGAUAGCAGAAAUUGUACAAAAACAAAAACUUCUUUGUGCAGCUCAGCCUAACCAGCCAGCUAAAAGAAGAAGGUCUUCCUCACCUAAAGGGAAGAAGCAAAAGGUAGCUUUGUCAUCGAAUCCAAGUAAGAAUACAACACAAACUGCCUCUCCAGCAGCAACUGUUACACAUGACAGUUGCAACUCUCCCAGUCAACCUCAAGCAGACAAUGUACAAAAGCAGCAGAUACAGGGGUGGUUUAAUAAUCGUCGACAAAUUCAACAGCAGAUAGAGAAACAUAAACAGCAACCACAGAACAGUCACUGUUCAAAACCCCAAUUGAUUUUACAACAGCAAGUAGCUCCUAUUCAGUAUGUAUCAGCAGCACAGAUUGAAAACUUAACCAGUUCACAUGAAAAGACAAUGACCAAGCCAAAUCAAAAACCAACCUUGCAUGGAAGCACGGGAUUUCCACAGAAGAAAUCUGAUCAGUAUGAUCAUAUGCUUGGGCUUUUGUCAAAGUCACCUCAUAUUUAUCCCACUAAACCUCUUCUAGAGCAAAAGCUACUCCAAGAUGACAGUGUAGUGAUGGCUUCCACAUCAGACUGUGAAAAUCCUAGCAACGCUGUACAGAAACCAAAACAGUUACAGACAUUACAAAGGAAUUCACAAGAGGCUCGCCCACAAUCUCCUCUUUGUGACUGGCAUAUAGGCACUGGAGGAACUUCUAAGGAAGCUGUGAAUUCUGAAAAGCUCUCAUCCAAUGGCAGCACACCAACAACACUAUUAUCAGUUUUACUAGAAAAGUCAAAGUAUAUUAACUCGGUAGCAAGAACAUUAGCCAAUAGCAAUUCUUCCAGUGGUGAUGUGCAAACGGAUAUGAACAUUCAACCACCUUCUCUAGUUUCAGCUCCAUCUUCAUGUCCAUCUGUCCUGGCAACGUCAGCUAAUACUUUAAUUAACUCCAGUUCUCAGCAAAUUCUUUCAGUUUUAUUACCUAAAACAGCACACUGUAUCAAACAGGUUGAUAACUCCAGUUCAGCUCUUACCUCUUCCACCCUGGAGGAGAAACCCACAGACAGAUCUAGCUGUAAUGUGUUGGCUUCUACUAAUCAGCCAGCUGCAGCAUUCCAGCUGAGGUAUGUUGGACAAAUCAAAACUAAGGAAUUUCCGUCUACAUCAAAUUCUGAAAAUGACUUGUUUAAAGAAGAUACAAGUGGUCUCAGGAUACAGACAUCUGCAGCAGGACUGAAACGUGUCACAUGUAUUGACAAUGAUGUUGUGAAAGAGAUUUCUAAAAUGAUGGAAAAUGAGAAGUCAAGGCAUGCAAAUGUUCACCAGGAAAUUCCAAUUCAGUCCAAACCUCAACAACAACUUGAGGAUAUGAGUACUAUUUCAAGGAUUCCAACCAAAAAUGAAUCCCAAAACAGUUCCAAUCUAGAAAAAGAACAUGAUGUAAAUUCCAAGUCUUUAGAGACAGAUUCAUGUACAGAACAGCCAUGUUUGGAACAAGAUACAAAAUCAAAUGGUGAACAAAGUGAAGUAGUAGUGAAAAAUUAUAGACAAACACUGAUUGAUUCCAUAGAAAAUGGGAUUAAGCAGUCAAUGGAGCAAAUUGAUGUUUCAGCAGAACUGAUUGAAAAAUCUCCAGAAAAACACAACCCAUCUCCUGAAAUGAAUCUGGGAAAAGUUACAAAAUCUUUAGAAACCAUAGGUACAUCACAUGAUUGUAAAAUACAAGAAACUGCAUUUCAAGAUCACCAAGAUAUUUUGAAAGCAUCAAAUGCAAAAUCUGUUGAGUCUACUGAAUUUCAAAUCCCAGAAGACUUAAUCAUGAAAACGCCUGAUGCAAAGGAAACAAAUUUGGAGUGUUUUUCUCCACAGGGAGACAAAUUGGAUUCUUCAGCAACUGUAGAGGAAUCGUGGCCCAGUACUGAGAGUAGUCAAGGCCAUUUUGUGGAGGAGGUUGAUGCUGAAGCUUUAGUGAAAGAAAGGCAAUGCAGCAUACCUUCAGUUACAAAAGAGGCUGUGGAUCAAAUGUCAGAAAAUCUGCAUUGUGUGUCAAGUAAGGUGAUAGAGGCAGACCAAAAGAUGAGCUCAUCCAAGGCAGAAGAUGAAGAAGGGAAAAUGGAAGGUGGGAAUGAAACAAUUGAAGCACAAGUCCAGACAUCAGGAAAAACCUCUGGAGAGACAGUCAUCAACACUUCAGACUCGGUGAAUCAAAAAUCAAUGCAGAUAGAACCAACAGGAGCAUCUAAAGAUCCAGAUCCAACAACAGGAGCAUCUAAAGAUCCAGAUCCAACAACAGGAGCAUCUAAAGAUCCAGAUCCAAGAAAAGUGGAUAACACUUCUGUAGAAAUGUAUUUCAAAGAUAAAGAAACGGAAGAAAUUAAUGAGACAUCAGAACUAAGGGAUAACCUGUCAGAAACACAAAAGGACAAAACAAGUGGUCAAACAUUUAAAGAUGAUCAAAUACCAGCAAAUAUGGAUCAGAAAUCAUUUAAAGAAGGUUCUGUGUUGGUAGAUAAGGAUCAAAUAAUGGAGGAAGAGCCUUCUAAGGGACAAUCAGUGGACAUUGUAAGGAAUGAUAAACUCUCUGAACCAGACACUGAUGGAAUAGGUAGUGAUGAUGCAGAAACAGGGGACUCCAGCUUAAAUAAAUUAGAACAAACAGACAGUCUGUGUAUGGAGGAUAUUAAACUAGACAAUAUUGAUCGUUCAAAAGUCAUUCAUAAACUUAAAAGUGAUAUGAAUAAUCUUCUACACCAAAUAAAAGAUAUAAAUGAAGGCCAUGUAUCUGAAGAUGUGAAUGAGACCUCAUCUGAGAGUGAUAUAAAUCCUUGUCAGUCAGUCAGUGUAGAUGGGAAUGCAGAGGCUUUAAAAUCACCAAAGGUAUUACAGAAUGUGGAGGAAGAUAUGGAAAAGGACAUUUCGUGUUACCAGAACACGGAUUCCAAUGUUCAUCACUCUGUUGAGCCUUCAGAAGAGAAAGAAUCAGAGACGGACAGUGUUGCAGAAAUUAAUUUACCAGCAGAAACUGACUUAGAGAAGAGAAUUUCCAAAGUGAAAGAGUCUACGAUGGGGGAGAAGCACAAUGGAACACAUGAAAGUGAAAACCAAACCACAGACUUAGCAGGAGAUGUAAAAUCCAGCAACUCAAAGCAUGCUGAAAACAUGUCCACAUGCCAAAAAGAUUCUACAGAUAUUGUGUGGUUCAGUAAUGAAGAGUGCAAGGAUGAUAAUGAUGGAAAGUGCAGUGCAAAAAAUACAGAUGAAAGGAGAGAACAUGUAAAUACCAUUGAAGAAGGCAAUAGGAAGUUAGACAAAUUGAGAAAAAAUCAGAAAAACAAAAAUAGUGCCAUUCCAGCAAAUUUUGGAUUUGAUUUUUGUGAUGAGAUAAAUACAGAUCAGUCAAAGUUGGAAGAGAAAACACCAUCUGAAGAUGAGAUAAUUACAGAUCAGUCAAAGUUGGAAGAGAAAACACCAUCUGAAGAUGUCAGUAGCAAAUUAAGUGCACAUGUGAAACUAUCUGUACAGGAACCAAAGCAUAAAAGAUUGCAAGGAUCUGCCAUUUUACAGACAAAAAGGAAAUACAGAGAAAAUUUGCAAGGGGCACAAGAGAAGGCAGAAAAAAUUAAAGAGCACAUCAUCUCUGGAACGAAAGUUGUAGAAAUAACUGAAAAAGCAUUGUCAGAUUCUAAAGCUGCUUCUUCUGAAAUAAAAAAGAACACAUCUGGAUCAAGUCGUAUUAAUGAUCCAGAGUUUGACCAACAAUCGGUGUCUUCUACAUCAUCAUCAUGUUCUUCCAAUUCUAGCAUUAAUCUUAAGUCAAGUCAGGCAAAUGCUGAGAAAGAAAAGGGUGCUACAAAUGUCCCAUCAAAAAGCAAGAAGUGUUUGAUAUGUGGGAAAAUCUUCAUGUCUGUGUUCAGUUUGAAGGAACAUGUCAAAAAUAAGUGCAAAUCCUCUGACUUAGUAAAAUCCAUGGAUUAUGAAUUUUCGUCACGGUUCACUUGCACCAAAUGUGGCAUGACAUCAUCAUCAGCAUUUGACAUGAAGAAACACUUGAAAAAACUACACAAUAUGAUGGAUGAUAGAGACUUUAAAGAUUUAUUGAUAAGCUCUUACAAGUGUGAAAUGUGUGGUGACAUGUUCAAAGAUAAAACGGCAAUAUAUUCACAUGUGUCAACUUCUUGCUCUUACCUGAGUUCCAGCAGAAAAAGGGAUGUCAGGACUCUUACAGAUGAUAAAUACACCAUGCAAAGUGUGCUAAAUACUGUGAAUCCAAAUCAUGGAAAACAAACUGAACUUGUGGUAUCAACUUCUAAUCAAAUUUUACAAGACAAAUUCAACUCACAAGAAAGAAUGCCAACUUCCAGAGCUGAGCUUCAGAUACAUCCAAAGACAGUUGAAAUUAAGACUGUUGAGGCAAAAGAGAAGACUAAACAGAAUUCUGAAAAUUCAAAGAAAACAUUGCAAGAAACUGUUAUCAAUCCAAAUGUUGCCUCAAGCGAUCAUUCACUUAGGCUGGAUACCGAUUCAAAGAAAAAGACUACAGAACCCAAAAUUGAAGUAGUUAUGACUGAGAGCAAAAGCAAAGUGGAGCCCCAAGUAUUAAACCAAAGGAUCACACGUUCAAAAUUGGAAAAUAGUUCAACAAGUACAACGAUUGGAAGGAUUCAAACAAAAUUUUCAAAGCCACAGAGUUUACUAGAAAGAUCUGGUAAGAACAGUAACAGAAAUCAAGAGAACUUGGUGGAAAGUGAGAAAACUGGGAGGGAAGAUGUGUCGAGGAAGUUGAACUUCGAAUCCAAUCUGGUUAAAACUUCUGGGAAUGAUGAAACUGGCGUAGCACUAACCACAGAAAGAGAUUCAUCAACAGAACUGGGAAAUACCAGGAAAGAUAUUGAUGAUGAACACUUAAAGUCUCCUGCAGUGAGAAGGCAGUCCAGGACCAGGAAAGUAAACCUUUCUAAUGGCAGUCCUGCUCCUAAAAAUGAUAAGAAAGAUGUUCUAACAAACUUGCCCAAUCAAAGCAAAUCACUCCCUUCUAAAACUUCAACAUGUGUAAGGCACACUAGGUCAAAAGGGACUGUCAGUGAUGUUGCCCUAAAAAACUUGGACAAGAUGGAUAUGAACUUGCGUAAAGGUCGCACAAGUCACCAAAGUGGAUCAGCUGAUGUGUCUCUGCUUUCAGAUUGUUCAGAAGACCAGCAAAAAUCAUUAGGACAAUCAAAGAAAAAGAAAUCGGAAGAAAGGACCAUUUUAGAUGACACAGAACCCAGUAGCGAAACUAAAGAUAAUGGUCAGAAAAGGAAAAAAGACCCACCAUCCAAACAACCAUCUGCAGAAGUGCCUGCAAGGGGGAAAAGAUUGAUCAAAGUCAAGAAAUAUGAUCAAUAUGAAGUUCCUGAUUUCCUGAAAUCACAGGUUAACAGUUCAAACAUGAAAAGACAAUUCAGGUCACAAAGAAUAUCGGGUAGAGUUCUUGGAAAUCCUUCAUCAUCAUCGAAAAGAGUGAUCAAGAAGGAAUCAAUUGUACCAACAAGGAAAUGCAGCAAUUGUGGAAAGAAAUUUGCCAGUCAGGCCAAGCUUAUCAAGCACAUUGCCAGUGUUCACCUUUCUCCUUGUAAAUCCCAGACUAAUCCACAAUUUGAGAAGUGUUGCUACCAAUGUAGGUACUGUAAAGCCACCUACAAAACAUAUGUACAGUUUUUGAAUCAUGUUCCUGGACAUGCCACACAGAUACUGGAAGGAAUGGAGAAUAAACAACUUGUUCCUGCUGUUGUUCAUGUUCCCUCCAAAUCUGCAUAUGUAAAAGAUACAGACGACACCCUGCCAACAGCACUAGGGAAUGAAUGUAACAAUAAAAAAGAAAAAAUGGCUGUGAAAGAUGGGUCAUUUGAACACACAACUCGGGCCACCCGACAAUCUGAAAGCAAAUUAAAACAGGUUAAAGAAGACAAUCAAACGCAUAUCUCUACAAGAUCAAAACGAUCAACUACUCCUGCAUAUGAUGGACAGAAUGAUAGGAUAAGUAAAAAAUAUAAAGGAAGUCUUAAUUCAAAAUUUGAAGAAGAUAAAAAGGUGAAUUUAAAUACUGCAUGUCCAUCGUCAGAGAGAGAGAAGGAAGAAAAACAGAACUCUGUGACCGAAGAGCAUGUCACAAAGACUAGAAGCUCCAUCAGCUCUGUAACAGAAGAUCAUGUCACAAAGACUAGAAGCUCCAUCAGCUCUGUAACAGAAGAACAUGUCACAAAGACUAGAAGCUCCAUCAGCUCUGUAACAGAAGAACAUGUCACAAAGACUAGAAGCUCCAUCAGCUCUGUAACAGAAGAACAUGUCACAAAGACUAGAAGUUCCAUCAGGAGUGCCAGGGGCACGAGUAAAAACAAAGAGGAAAAAUCCGACGGUGAAUUGAAUUCUUCAACCAGGCAGCUACGAAGUAAAAGGGAGAGUGGAGGGAAUGAAGAGAUUGAAGAAAACAAGUUGUCCAAGAGAAAACCGGAUACAAAUACGACUAGAAACACUAGGUUACAUGUGAGUUUGGAGAGGCUGUCACCAAAAGUCUCUGAACAUGUAACUAGAUCUAACUCAAAAAGAAAAUCCGAGUCCUCAGAAUCUUCUGUUUCCACCAAAAAGCCAAAAGCAGAUUUAUCAGAUUCUACAGAAUGCGAGACUAGUGAAUUUGAAUUCGCUGAGUCAGAUGCAGAGAUUUCAUUCCGCAGAAGACUGUCUAGGAAGAGAAAAGCACCAGAAAAUUCAGAAAAAACGUAUGACUCUGACAUGGAAGAAAUUGAUAAUGAUGAGGAAUAUAGCCUACCUGACUAUGGCAAUACCAGUGAUGAUUCUCUUGCUGAGGUAGAAAAAUCAACAGAGAAAAACAAAACAAACUGUGUUGAAGUUCAGAAUACACAUAAUAGCAAUGUCUCUGACUCUGAAAAAAGUAGUCAGGAAAAGGUUCGUGUGACAGUUGUUGAAGAUGAUGAGUUUGCAUAUGUGAAAUCUCCUACUCAUGAAAACACAUCUAAUGAAGCAUUCAAGGUGUCAUCUAUGGUAGCAUGUGAUCAGAAGGAGAAAGUUUUCUUAUCCAGGUCUUCAAAGAAUAACACAGCAUAUCUCAGUUCAUUUAUGUCUUACAUUGAUAAUCAGAGUAAAAAUUCAAACAAAGACAUAGACAAAAAUGAAAGGAUAAGAGAAAGAAAUUCAUCACAAGGCAAUAAAAAGACAGAAAGAAAUACAGGUAUGCUUAAAAAUGAUGAUAAAACUAGUGAUAUUCUGUCAACUUCAGAGGAGAUUAAGGUAGUAAGCAGUGCCACCAGUCAAUCUAAAGGGCCUUCGUUUCUGGACAGUUUCUUAGAGCAUUGUAACAAAGCAUCUGAUGGACCGAUGAUCAGAGGAGCUGGAUCAGAUAAGAAAAAUACAGGGACAGCAGAAAGUAUGUCUGGGGAGCAGUCAAAUGAUGGCACUUCAAAGACAAAACAGAAACGGACUCAAAGUGAAAAUGACACAGCUGUUCAGGUGAGAGAGAAAACAGAACCUGAAAGAGAUGGGACUGUUCCAAAUUCUGAUGACAGAAAAUCAGUGAAUGCAUUCCAAGACACCUUCAAGUCUUUCGUGUCAGCAGCUUUUACUGACAUCAGCACAGAGGGUAACACAGUUCCCCAGAAAGAAAGUCUGUCUGAUGUGAUUGAGGGUCUUAGUGAUAAUACAGACAGGAAAUGCCGGGCAGGCUCGGCAGUGUCAGAAGACAGUGUACAAACGGUGAGCUCCCGGUGUACGGAUGUCAGUGAUACUAGCGAGAGUGCUCAAAAGGGACCAAACUAUCAUAGUGGCUCAAAGAGCAAGCGAAUGAGACACAUUUACCACAAUGGAAAGAUAUGGCACGUAGGAGCUGGAAAUGUUACCUCAAUGUCUGUAAAGCUGGACUUGCCAGGAGACCCCGAAUCUGUGUCUAAUUCAGCAUGUACCCAAACCCCUGGACCCACAUUAAAAUCAAAUCAACUUAUCAAAGUAGACCGAGAUAAAAAUUCUCCUCAUCGUGACUCUAGCAAUAAUACUUACACAUACACUACGGCAGAGGAACUGAAAAGAGAGACACAAUCUAGCUCCAACAAGUGGAAGGUGAAGAGAGAGAAAAACCAACUGAGUUUCAGAAAAUAACAGCUCUGCUGUUUGAAAAAUUUAUUGUAAAAUGACAAUGUGAGUUUGUGAUGUACUCUGGAAUGAACAAGGUUGUAGUUGCAGUUAUAAUUGUGAAUGAGGAAAUUUCAACAAUUUUUUUAAAAAUGCCUAAAUGAUGCAAGGUGCUAUUUUUCAUAUUUUUUAGAAUAACAUAUUGGUGAAAAAAAAGGAAGGGGGGUUUACAUACAUGUUUUUGCAUGUACUAAUGAACUUUUAAUUACGUAAAUAAAAUGCUCACUGAAUCUAUUUGGUGGACAAUUAUGUUAUAUAUCUUCACAUCCCUUCAAGAUGCAUGUAUAUAUUGAUGACAAUUUCCAAUAAAGAAAUUACAGUAAUACUUGAUAACAAUGCAUAUUUAGAAGUUGUACAAUCCAUAUGACUAUGAAUUUUUGUACUUUAUGAAAGUUCCAGACAGUUAAGGUCAUAUAGAAAUACCAUUUCCUUAGAUCUGUUGGAUUUUAUGUCUUAUUUUACAAUUGUUAUAAUCUGUACCCAGAUCAACCGUCACUGCAGCAUUUCACUUGAUAGUAGUGCAAUAUCCAUUCAAAUAAUAUUGACAAUGUACAUAAUUUUAUUAAAUACAUGUUAUAUUGUUUAUAGUUGUGCAGUUUUCAGAACUUAAAAAUGUCAUUUUAAGUCUCAAGAACAAUAUGCCAUUAUUUCAAGACAGUGUGGUCCUGUGUUUUGGUAUAGUUGUACUUUUUGUAAAUUAAAAAAUUUUCAUGACAAAAAUAAAUCUGAUAUAAGAAACACU